AUGUUAAAAUUGGAAAAACAUAAAUUCAUAACAUCUUCAAACAAAUCAAAUAACUCUAAUAUGCCUACACAUCCAAUAUUAGAAUUUGGUAUGAAUUCAAAUUUAGAUGUUAAUUAUAGUUCUAUAUCACAGUCUCUUAAUGUAAUAGAAAAUUCUUUAGUUACAUCAGUACCUGAUAAUGAAUCGUGUUCUGGAAAUUUUAGUGAUACAGAUGAUAUUUAUUUUUCAAAUGUUAAUGUGGAUUCUGAAGAUAAUUCUUUAAUAAAGGAUGUAUCAUUUAGUAUUGAAGAUGAAUUAAGGUCUUGGGUAUUGAAAUUUAAAGUAUCUCAUAAUAGUGCAAAUUGUAUACUUAGAAUAAUUAAUUCUGCUGGUAUUAAUGUACCUAAAGAUAUUCGAACUCUAAUGAAAACUCCUAAAACGCACAUAAUUUCAAAUAUAGGUCAUGGGUCUUAUAUUCAUUUAGGCUUAGAAAACAUGAUAUCUCCUUUAUUAAAAAAAUACAAUAAUUUAAUCUAUACCCCAAAUAUUGUUUUAAAGAUUGGUAUUAAUUUGGAUGGUCUACCAUUAUCAAGAAGUUCGAAGAGUCAACUUUGGCCAAUCUUAAUUGCAUUUACAAAUUGUAACUUAUUAUCAGAAUAUGUACUUCCAAUUGGAAUAUUCCAUGGAAAUACCAAACCAAAGUCAAUUCAUGAAUUUUUAAAUCCAUUUAUUACAGAUCUUUCAAUAUUAUUAAAUAAUGGCUUAACUAUCGGUGGAAAUUUGUAUCAGUUUGGUGUUGGUCAUGUAAUUUGUGAUUCUCCAGCUAAAAGCUUUGUACUUAAUGUGAAAUCAUUUAAUGCUUAUUUUGGAUGUACCUCAUGUACUCAGGAAGGUUCGUUCAUAAAUAAUAGAAUGUCAUUUUUAGAAAUAGAAUCGCCUCUUAGUACCGAUGAAUCAUUUCGUUCUAAAACACAGGAAGAAUAUCAUAAAGGUAGUAGCCCUCUUGAAUUAUUACCUAUAAAUAUAAUUAACGACGUGUGUCUUGAUUAUAUACAUAAUGUUUGCCUGGGUGUAACAAAACGUGUGUUAGAGUUUUGGGUUAAAGGUAAGAAGGACGUUAGAUUAGCUGAGGGAAAUAAAGUUAAAAUAUCUAAUAAUUUGAUGAAUCUACGAUUGUACGUACCAUCUGAAUUUAGUCGUCUGCCUAGAGAAUUAGAUAGUAUAGAAUACUAUAAAGCUACUGAAUUAAGAAUGUUUGUUCUACACUCAGGAUUAAUAGUUUUAAAAGGAAAUUUAAAUAAAUUAAAGUAUUCUCAUUUUAAACUCUUGGUAUGUGCAGUAAGAAUUUUGAUAUCUCCUGANUUUAAACUCUUGGUAUGUGCAGUAAGAAUUUUGAUAUCACCUGAUAUAUGUCAAACUUCAAAUGAUUUAGCUCAAAACUUACUGAAUGAAUUUGUUUCUCAUGACAUUGUUAUGGUUAACCACAUUGUUAAACCAAAAAAUGAAUCAUAUUUUAUAUUAAUUGUUCAAAAAUUUUUAAAUCCAUCUCCAAUUUUUACUGAGCCUAUUGUAUCUACCAUAUUUGGCUUAUAUACUAUAAAUACUAAUAAUUUGUCAAUUCAUAUUUCUGAUAUAAAAUACAAAUGUUUUUUUAUUCAUAUAUCUAAUGAACAAGCAGUUAUAUCAACUUUAAAUCAUUCACUUUCAGAAAUACCUUAUUAA